AAAAAAAAAAGAAGCUGCGUGUAGUGGUGGGUUCAGUCAAGUAGUGAAGUGUGGUUGUAAAUUAAUACCUGUAGUAAGACAGAGAUUUGUGAUUGUUUUGUUUAUUUUUGUGUGUCAAAAGGAGAGGAGAAGAGGAAGAGCGAGUCUGGCAGCAGAAAAACAGAUAAACGGCACUAACGGCAUGGCGAGACUAAGCGAGACUUGGCGUGACUCCACCGGAGUCAAGAUGGCGGCCAGCUGUUGCGGGGUGAAGAAACAAAAGCUGAAUAACUCUAUGCCGGCUAUUUGCUGCAACGGAUCGGCCGUUCAUCCGAAUCAUUACAAAAACGGAUACACAGUGGCCAGUGCAGACAUGUGCUAUUUUUGUUUUGAUGUGCUACACAGCCAUUUGUACAAUUAUGAUCCGCCCAAAAGCCCGUCUUUCACCAACGACCCUUACCAUGGUUCUACCUACGUUAGGAAGAUUUCAACUUUAUUCCUUGAAAGCCCGUUAUUUGUAACUUGGAAGAUCGGCAGGGAUCGGCGCCUUCGAGGAUGCAUUGGAACAUUUUCUGCUAUGAACCUCCAUAGCGGUCUCAGGGAAUAUGCUGUAACUAGUGCUAUGAAGGACAGUCGGUUUAAUCCCAUCACUAAAGAGGAAUUUCCCAAACUGCAUUGCUCAGUAUCAAUACUCACUCAUUUUGAAGAGGCAACUGAUUAUCUGGACUGGGAGGUUGGUAUCCAUGGAAUACGUAUUGAAUUUGUUAAUGAGAAAGGCCAUAAAAAGACUGCCACGUAUCUACCUGAAGUAGCUAUAGAACAGGGUUGGGACCGUCUGCAGACAAUUGACUCCCUGCUGCGGAAGGGUGGCUACAAAGGUUUGAUCAGUACCGAGGUGCGCAAGAACGUGCACCUGACCAGAUAUCGCAGUGAGAAGGUGACUGUCAGCUACAGUGACUACGUCUCUCAAAAACAGAACAGUCAUGCAUGAUAGUGGUGUAUGGCUGCACACAUGCGCAUGCACAUAAACACAUGCACAGAUCAUCAACACGCACAUAACUACAUACUGACAUGACGUGCAGUUCUCCUGGACGUGGAACGGAGAUAUAUGUAUGGAUACACACACACACACACAUACACAUGCACACACACCAUACUUGCGCAUGUAUGCACUCAAGCCUGCGUGCACUCACUUGCAUACAAACAUAGAACACACCUGUGUACAAAUACACACAUGUAUGUAUGCAUAUAUAUAUUCUAUAUAUAUAUAUAUAUAUACACACACACACACACACACACACACACACACAUACAUAUACACUCUUGUACAUGUACACACAUACACACAUUUAUGCAAAAUGCACACUUAUAUACACUCAAGCAUAUACAUAUAUGCUAACAUCUGCAUUUACACAUCCCAUAUAUACAUACACACAUAUCUUUUUACCAUGUUUAAGUGUAUGUAUACACACACACACACACACACACACAUACACACACACACACGCAAAUUACGAACACAUAAUAUACCCACACGUCCAGUUAUAUUAUCUACACUGGAUGGUUUACCCAUUUUUACACAUUCUUUCAUAAUGGGAGUUGAAAAUUCAUAUUUUGAUUUGUAUGUUUGUGUGUGUGCGUAAUGUGCAGGCAUGUGUGAGUGUGUGCGUGUGUGUGUAUACAUUAAACCAUUUUGGGCUCAAUGAAAGCAAGGUGUUACUUUUCCAUCAUUCACACCAAUUCUAUUUCAUGAUAUUAUUAUUAUUAUUAUUAUUAUUAUUAUUAAGGGCAGUGGAGUGUCAGACUUAAUGCCUUGUGGUAUUUAAUUACAACCCAUCAGGUUGCACUGAGGUCUGCUGGAAAUCUCUUACAGGACUGAUAAGAAUAACGUACCAGCCAUCUACUUGGGUUGAAUAAAUCAACUGUUUGUACCUCCCACCGCCACCCUACUCCUUCAAGAAAUAUAUGACCUUGUGCCUAAGUUUACAGACUCAUUACCGGCAGAACCGUUUUGAGUGUCAGACGAAAUGCUUUUUGCAGCAUUUGGUCGCAGCCUUUUACAGCUUGGUGGUUUUUUUUUUUUUUUUUUUUUUUUUUUUUCCAAAUCUCUGGCCAUGGUCAGCUUUGCCCUUUUUAUCAUUCUGGGGUGGGGGCCAGUGAAGCAAAGUAUCAAUCGAGUACAGGAGGUGCGUGUGUGUGGGAGAGAGAAGGAGGGUGUCAACAUAAUCACCUGACGCACCACCACCACCACCUCCGCAAAAUUUCUGGCCUUGUGCGCCCACACAAGAAAUUGCAUGUAUUAUUAUUAUGAUUAAGAAUGGUGGAUGAUAGAAUCAGUAAGGUAUGAGCCAAAAUCCCUUGCAGUAAGUUCAAGUCUUGCCAGGGCUGGUAGAGUUAAAGUACC